AUGAAUAAUUAUAAAAUAGAUGUGACAGGAGAAAAUAAGAUUUUUUUAGUCAAAGAUAGUUAUGGAAAUAAAUUUUAUUAAAAGUAAUAUUCAUUAGACUCUAUAAAAUCAAACCAUUUAUGGGAAGUAUAUAAAAUAAUAAUCAAUUUAGGUGUUAAAUAGAUUGAAAAAUAUAAAUAAUCCACAUAUAGUGAAAAUUUAUGAAGUUUCUAAAGAUAAUCAAUACAUAUAGGUGAAAGAAGAGGCUUGCUUACAGACGUUAAGAAUAUAAGUUGAAAAUAAUAAAUUGGAUAACUCUUAAAUUUUAAAAUGCAUGUUAGAUAUUAUUGAGGGAUUGAUAUAAUUGAAAAAUUUGAAAAUGAUGCAUCGAGAUAUAAAACCAGAUAAUAUAGUUUACGAUGGAGAAAAUUUUAAGAUAAUUGACUUUGAAACUGCUAAAAUAAUUAAUAAUGAUAACAUUAAAUUCUAAUCUUUGGAUGUUGGGUUAAUAUAUAUUAUAAUCUUAGAACUAAUGGAUAUCGAGCUCCAUAAAUUAUUUUUGAAAAAUAAUAUUCAUCUAAAUGUGAUAUUUGGAGUCUAGGAUGUGUGCUCUAUUUUAUGCUAUUUAAAAAAGAAAUAUUUUGUGAAUAAAAAAUUGAGAAUGAAUAAUAUUUCUAGGAUAUAAUGAAUAAUAUUUCUAAAAAUAAUUCUAUACCAUAAGAUUUCAUUAGUUUACUCUUAAGUAUGUUAUAAAUAGAUGAAGACAAAAGAAUUGAUUUAAAAUAACUUAAAGAUAAAGUUAUGGGACUCUACUAAAAUAAUUAUAACACUUCAACUGUAUCGACUUAAAUUGAAAAUACUACACAAUAAUCUAUUUAAAUUGAAAAUUACUAAUAAGUUAUAUGUCAAAAUAAUGAGGAUUUAAGCAAUUUUAAUUAAAUUAUGAGAGCUUUAAUUUAAAAUAAGAUGAAUGCAUAAAAAAAAAUUAAUUUGUAUCUUUUUUGGGUUAAACGUUUAGAAUCUUAAUAUCCAGAUGAAUUAGAAAUUAGAAAGUCUGUUGAAACUUCUUAAUUGACUUUAAUAAAGUAAUUAAAGGAGUAAAAAAUCAAAUUUAAUCUGUUUUUGGAGAAAGAAGAUAUUAAAUAAUCCCUGUUAAAUAUUUAAGAACUAUAGACAUAUUAUGAUUUUUGA